AUUGGAUAUCUCGCUCAUCGGUAUCUCGAGGCACAUGGCAUCAAACUUAAAGAUAUAACAGCAUGGGUGGGGAGGUUAUUUCGCGAAUCGGCCAGAAGAGUGCUUAUUCCCUUGUCACGCUCCUAGCCGAGGUUUCACCGCAGUACUUCAGGAGGCUUUGACGACUCCAUGGUGGAGUGACCUUGUCGAUGGUCCUGGCCAAUUUGUCCCUAUUCCUGGCGAACAAGAGGCUUUAGCUAAAAUGGCGGAGAUAGGUCUAUCUCCCAGGCGACUACCUCCAUUUUGGUUGAAGAGUCAGCCAGACGAAGUUCCCGCAAUCGACUUCCCUGACUUCAUUGUUUUCUGCAGGGAAGACAUGCCUGACGACGUCGCGUAUCUCCUGGCAUGGAUUAUAACAGAAACUAAAUUCGUUCUUGAACGCCAGUUUUACACAUCUCUGGGAGACAGAAGCCCCGUGUCGUGGCCCAUGGAGCCUAAGGAAAUGGCGAAAACUAUCAUACCAUUGCAUCCUCGGGUUGAAAAAUAG